AUGAUGACCUACAGCCGCUCAAUUCCCUUCGCUCUCCUUGCCUUGUUUGGCACCACCACCCUCGCCCAGACCGUGGAUGGCUCCAAGUACAACAAGCCCGACGGUGGUCCCCCAGGAAGCUACUUCGCUGCUAGCUCGACUAUUCCCGUUGCUGCUUUGCAGAGCGCUGCUGCUAAGGCUAGCGUUGCUGUCCCAUCUGGAACCUACCCCAUCAAUGGCGAUAAGGGAGCUAAGAGGAUUACCAUCCACAGCGAUUGGGCCGAUUUCGACGAGGGUGCCGCAUAUGUUUUCGUCGCGGAUAUGGACGUCGACUGCGACGGUCUUGACUACAAGUGCAAGGGAAACCCCGAUGGCCAGGACGAGACCAACUUCGGUGCUUUGUCGGCCUAUGAAGUGCCGUUCUAUGUUGUUCCCGAUAAAUUCGCAAGGAACUUCGGUAAACAGCUUCCUGGAAACAACGUCGGUGCAAUUAUCUGUGACGGAAAGAUGUUCUACGGUAUCUUCGGAGACACCGAUGCUGACAGCCCCGAGGUUAUCGGCGAGGCCUCGUGGUUGAUGGCCCGCACCUGCUUCCCCGACGCAGACCUGAACGGCAACAGCGGCCACGGUACUCCCGACGUGACCUACAUCGUCUUCGCUGGCGCCAACGCCGUGCUGCCCAGCAGUGCUCUCAACAAGAACUACGUCACCAACUUCACCACUCUGCGCGCUCUGGGUGAUAAGCUCGUGACUGCUCUUGCCAAGAACCUCAAGCUGUCUGGUGGAAGUGGCAGUGGUUCUGGCUCUGGCUCAACCACCACCACUGCCGCUAGCUCCGACCCUACUGGCACUUGCGAGUGGGAGGGACACUGUGAGGGUGCUUCUUGCAGCAACGGAAAUGAUUGCUCUGGUCAGCUGGUCUGCAAGAGUGGAAAGUGUGCCCCAGUUUAA